AUGCGACUGACCACUUCAAUAGAAGGUCGCAGACAGCACUUUGUCCAGGUCGAGAAGGAUCCUGAUGACUUUCUCUUCCUGAAUGUUACACUCACCAUCUUCUGGCGUCUGUCUCGCCUGGAUCAUGUCAACGAGAUGUGGAGUCAUCCUCACCUCCACGUCGCUGCUUUCUACGGAUGGGUUGAUGUCGUUGAGGCCCUGCUCAAAUUGGGCAGCAACCCUGAUACCGAGGAUUCGAAGGGAUGUACCGCAUUGCAUGCUGCUUGCACGUCUGUAGAGGAAGGCUCAACGGAAGUAGUUCAGGUUCUGCUAAAGCAUGGUGCUGACCCGAACCACCAGGCUGAUGUUAUAGGAUUUGCUCCAAUGCAUUACCUCAUCGAGGCAAGUCGCAACGCGGCUGAGCCAUGGGACUGUAUUGGAAAACUGGAGGCACUUCUGAAGGGAGGAGCCGACAUCAAUGCGGUGGAUACAUAUGGCCGGACACCUAUUCACCUCGCGUCUCGUAUCCCCUGGUGUAAUAGCGUCUUUGACUUUCUUCAAACAAGAGGCGCAAGACUUGAUCUCCUCACCGUUAUGAAGAGAUCUAUCUUGCAUUACGCAGCUAUGUACGGAGACCUGGAUCACAUUUCAUACCUACGUACGCAUGGUCUUACAGAACCGGAUCCAGAUGGCAAAGACGCCUAUGACCAAACUCCGCUGGAUCUGAUGAUAUGGAGGGCUAAUGCCAAACCGGAAGAGCUCUGGAAGCACAUGAAACAACCCACCGAGGAUGUUACCAAAGCCUUUUACUCUUUGAUCCAAGAGAUGAGGUUUCAUCGUUGGCGGGAAGGGCACGGCACAAGCUAUCAGGAUGGUGGCAGUGGCUGGCGCCAAGUCGAGACUGAAAACCAUUUCAACCCGGGAAAUCAUCUCGUUGCUCCUCUCAGCACGCAGAACUCCACCCGGACCCAGCCGCCAUCAAUUGAACAGGAGAUGCAAGUUGGAGAGUGGUGUGCAUCUUCAAUAGGGGGACACGAGGGAUCUUUCAUAGCCGGUAGGCCAUAG